GGCGAGACGGCACGCAGCGAUGCAUCGCGCGCCCGAGCGGACUGUUGCCAUAUCGCACGCCGCGCCCGAGUGGACCGCACGCCUCGCGGCCAACGAACACGAACCGAAACUAUCGCGUAGGUAAUUUAAGUUUCGCACUAAUUAGUGAGUGAGAGUGAUUACAGUGCUUCUGGUUUCUGAUGGCGCCGGUCCGGGGAUCAUAAUAUUUUGUUCACCGCUGGUUGGAGAAUGCACAUGAUUUGAGAACUUGGUCGGUGGGUGGUAUGGCGCACUACCGCUGCGGGCCCACGGCCAUUGGAAGCCGCACGUCCUGGGGACCGGUGUCUUCACCAGUCGAUACCAACUUUGACAGACCUUUGAGCGGGAAUUUCGACAGAAUCUUCAAUGCUUUCGAGCGGACAAAUGCAUUUGAAUACGUGAAGAAUAACUUUGAAGGGAAGGAUGAGGAAAGAUAUGUGGGACAUAGUGAUAUAGUCGUGAACAGGAAGAUGAGCAGCAGCUUCGAACGGGCAGACUGCGCGCUGGCCGCGCAGGCGCCGUGCUCGGAGGACGAGGACUUCUACCGGGAGAAGAUCCUGUACUCGCAGGCGAGGCAGCUGUUCCCGCUGCAGGAGGACUUGGCCGACUGGAUCAACAAAACUGUUGGCAUAACGUACCUGACGGGCGAGAACUUUCUGGACGCGCUGGACAACGGCGCGGAGCUCUGUCAGCUAGCGGCUGUUAUCCAUGACCGCGCCAGGGAGGCGCUGGACCAGGGGCUCAUUGUAGGGCCGGUGCCCGCCAUCCGCGGCCGCUGCUGGCAGCGCGCGGCGCGCCGCAGCUUCUUCUCGCGAGACAACACAGAGAACUUCAUCACCUUCUGUCGCGAGCUCGGCGUGCACGAGAACCUCCUAUUUGAGAGCGAUGACCUUGUGUUACACAAUCAGCCCCGACAAGUCAUCCUCUGCCUGCUGGAGGUGGCGCGCCUGGCCACCAAGUUCAACAUCGAGCCUCCAGGGUUGGUGCAGCUGGAGAAGGAGAUCGCUAUGGAAGAGAGGGACUCGGGGCUCGACUCCGCCAUGUCCGGCGCCGGCUGGCAGUUCAGGGACGCCUCGCCCUUGCCCGGACAAGACAAAUCUAUUCUUGACGAGCCGCCUACCACUCCAGAUCCUAAUGAUACACAACUGUCGGUGGUAGACAACGUGGACAACGAGAGCACCAGGUCCGGCGGCACGGUCGCCAGCACGGACUCCGACGUGCCGCUCAAACCCACUAACGAACUGGACAAGAGGGUGCAACUGGUGACGCGGCUGAUGGAGCGUGGCUGUAACUGCGGCGACGGCAAGUGCUCCAAGCUGCUCAAGGUCAAGAAGGUGGGCGAGGGACGCUACAACAUCGCCGGCAGGAAUGUCUUCAUCAGGUUGCUGAAGGGGCGGCACAUGAUGGUGCGCGUGGGCGGUGGCUGGGACACGCUGGAGCACUUCCUGUCGCGGCACGAGCCCUGCCAGGUGCGCCUCGUGACCGGCGCGCGCCGCGUGCUGCCCGUGCCCGUGUCCCCGCCUCCCGCCGACACCCUCUCACCCGCCACCAGCCUCGCUGGCACCCUUUCACCCGUAGACAGCAAAGCCUCCUCGAUCAGCGGCAAAGUUUCACCCGUCGAAAGACCCCGGUCUAGCGGAAAAAGCUCCCCGGAUAUCCGCCGAACUUCAACCCCCAAAAAUAAAUUAAGGUCCGCUUUGACCUUGCCCCUGAAACAGGAUGAGAACAAAACUCCGGCACGCACUAGAAAACAGUCCGCACCUAGCUUUAGCACGCCCAACACCCCGACGGGCAGGACAGUCAAAACACCGCCAGUAGAAUAUAGAAAGUCACUCACCUCUGCGUCUCUGGUCAAUAAUACGCCGAAGAAGUCGCGGAGCAUGAGCCUCGCCGUGGUGAAGGAUGAGAAGAAACCGUUCUGUGGGACCGACCGACUGAAUCAAGCUAAGAAAAAAAGCCUCAGCGCGGCGACUACUUCCACAGAGACGGCGACCUCUAUCACUCGAAAAACUCGCAGUCAAAGCCUGGCUUCCACCCCGACCAACGAGCCGAAACGACCAUUGUCUGUGAACGGCUACGCGAAAAAAACUCGAAGCAUGAGCCUCGCCGCGCCCGUGGAAUACAUCAAGCCUCUAAAUAAGAGCAUUUCGCUGAGCACAAACGGACCGAUGACCCAGGCCGCCAUUGAAGAGAGCAUCAGGUUGUCGCUGGCCGCCAGCAUCGCCGACGAAGCCUCGCCCAAGAAGCCAUUCUUGCACAUCAAAGCUAAAUACCGAAGUCCGCCGCCGCGCGAAGUCCCCCCGAGAUAAUCUGGCACGAGAUAGUUCUCCUCAUUCCACUAGUUUUAAAACUCGACUUUAAUUAAGCUAAGGAGAUUCCAUCAUCAGUGAACAGUCAGAUCUCCGAGCAAUCUCAUCAUGUCGUAGUGAGUAGGCGCUUUAAUUUAAUUCAUGUUCAUGCCCGACGGCCUCGGGGACUAGUCAUAAUGGAUCGUUUUCUAAUGAUAAUUUGUAACGUUAAUUAUUCAUAAUAUUAUUAAUUUAAUGAUUUCCAAUUGCAAUAAUUCGAAUAUUUUUUAUUUUAGUGUGAAUAUAGUUUUUCAUUGUCAAGGAAUAACAGCCAUAUCCCUAAUAUUGACAAUAUAUUAAGAACCAUUAGGUAUACAGAUCUUCCAAUUAGAUUAGCGUUAAAAUCUCUGCAACCAUACAUAUGUGAGAGGGAUCUUGUAGGUUUAAAACAAGUGACUUAUGACCUUACGGUACAAACUCGUCAAUAUCCACACAUCCUAUAUUUUGAUACGAAACAUUAGAUUAUACAGUAUUUUUGCACCCAGUAGAUAGAGCACUAGCUAGACAAAGCCUUGUUAAAAAUAAAUAAAAAAUCUUUAAUACUUUUUUACACUAAUAACUGAAGUGAUCGUGGGGAAUGUCAUCUGUUCAAGCUAGUUAUUGUGCCCUUGUUAUUCCUAACGAUGUAUUGGUGACUAUUUACUCUUUUGAAGACGCUAGAUUCAGAUUUCGACACUUGUAGUGAUAUCAACGAAUAGUUUUAAGAGUUCAAACGUUUCUAUCUCUCGCUUUAUAAUCGUUACCGCGCGCGAUGCUGUUAAACUUAGUCUUUAUCGAUACAUGGCUAGCGACGAUACAUUCAGUUGUAUCGAGAGAUAAGAGCCAUUGAAUCCGAAUCGAGUUUGACAGCAGCGCGUCCCUCGAGCUUCGAAUUAUUAUCGAUACUAUGAUAAGUGAUGAUCGUGUAACUGCCAAUCUACCUACCUAUUGCAAUAUAGUGCCAACGGUUAAUUAUGUAUGGUUGAUAAUAAACUUUGAUAUCAAUAUUA